AUGUCAACCGACGAGCUCUCCACUUUUCCGCCCAACAGUCGCCAAGGCAACAACCAAGACGACCAGGGCAGCCACAUGUGCUACUGCCCCGCCCACCUCGACCUGUCGGCACCCAAGGACUCUGUAGCCGAAUGGGUCGGAACGGCUUGGCCUCUCCAUCAAGGAGAAAAAGUCCACCUCGUUACCUUCAACGAUGGUUCCUCGACGGUCGUUCACAGCAUCUGCGGUGUCAGCUCAGUUGCCCUUUCUCUUCUAGAUGAAGAGCCCGAGGCGGGCGAAGAAGUCUUAGGUCAUGCCACUCGCGGGGACAUGGAGACUGCGGGUAUCUAUGAAGACUACAAGAAAGCUUUUGAGAAGGUCGUUUCUCUGCGCCUUGGCACCUUGAAUCCGACGGGAGAUUUCGAUCCGGUUCUGGAGGGUAACCCCGAAUUCCAGAUUGACCGAGAAGCAAUGGCCGAGACGAAAAUUACUGUGUUUGAAGAGUACCAAAAGUUUGUCGAUAACGCCCCCAUUGACCAGGUCGCUCGUAACAGAGCCAUGGCGUGGGAGGUAGAAUGGUCUGAAUCUCAUCCCGAGAUUGACAACAGCGAAUAUGAAGGCAGCGGAGAAGAAGCUGAGGAGUGA